GUAGUGUGCUCGAAUCGGUGACGGUAGGGAAAAAGAACGCCAAAGUUUUGCAGCCAGCUCGAACUCGAAGUGAUAGCCCGGUAGCAGAAGACAAAGUGGCGUACGCUAGGUUCAUUGUUAAUAUUUUUGUCAGUUGAACACCCAAUUGCAUUUAAGUUGUAUUUUUUAAUUUUGGUUUUACUAAUUAGGAUUGCUUUUCUCAAUCUUGUGUAUAAUAUAGAACUUUUUAAAAUGAUUGCCCUUAUGGGCUUUUAAAUUUUUGGUUAACUAUUAUGGAUUGGUAGUUCUUCAAAUACACGUGUUGAUGUUUAUUUUUUAUGUGUAAUUUGACCCGUGUAAUUAUGUCAUCUGUUAAGAAAGGAUUUGGAAACAGAAAGUUCUAUGCUCUCCCUGAAGAUUAUGCUUUAAAAAGUGCUAAACUUAAAUCUCAAACUUCGAUCAAGAAGGAAGACUCAAAUAAACUCAUGAAAUAUGUUGAUGACAACAUCAUUGGCAAGAACACAACCUUUGUAGGACCUUUUGGAAGACGUAAAGUUGUGUACUGCGACUACACUGCGUCCGGCCGUUCUCUCCAGUUCAUAGAGGACUACAUAACUCGGGAAGUGUUACCCCUCUACGGCAACACCCACACCACCACCACUAUCACAUCCCUACAGUCCACCCUCUACAGACAUGAGGCAAGGGACAUCAUACGCAACGCAGUGCACGCCUCGGAAGACGAUGUAGUGAUCUUUGCAGGCCACGGCUGCACGGGCGCAGUUCACAAACUGAUCCAUGGACUGGACUUGAGCGUGCCACCUGUGGUGUUUGUGGGUCCCUGCGAACACCACUCUAACCUGCUACCCUGGCGUGAGAUCGGCGCUAAGAUAGUUCGCGUGUCAGAGACGAAAGAGGGGUUCCUGGACCUGGUGGAUCUGGAGAACCAGCUCCAAUUCCAACGCACAGUGGAGGGAAGUGAGAAGAUGCUGAUUGGUUGCUUCUCCGCAGCGUCUAACAUCACAGGCAUCCUGGCCGAUGACAUCGCCACAACGCUGCUGCUGCAUCAGUACGGUGCACUGGCCUUCUGGGACUAUGCCACCGCAGCUCCUUAUGUGCAACUGGACAUGAACCCCCUGCUGCCUGGAGUCAACGAGAAAGCUGUCUGCAAGGAUGCCAUCUUCUUCUCCGGUCACAAGUUCAUCGGUGGAGUUCAAACUCCAGGUGUGCUGGUGGCUAAGAAGUCACUGUUUGUGAACACCGUGCCCCAAGGCUGCGGUGGCGGAACUGUUUUCUUUGUCACUGCUACAGGUCAUAGAUACCUAAAGGACACUGAAAUGAGGGAGGAGGGAGGUACAGCAGCCAUUGUAGAGUCAAUCAGGGCCGGGCUGGCCAUGCAGCUCAAGAUGACAGUGGGGGUAGCCAACAUCAUGGCCAAGGAGGAGAAAAUCACCAAGAUAGUGUUGUCUCACUUGCGCAAAGUACCGGAAGUGCUGUUGUUGGGUAACUGCUCCCAGCAGGCCAAGCGACUGGCCGUGUUCUCGUUCAUGGUACGACACCCACGUGGUACCUUCUUACAUCACAACUUUGUGUGUGCCGUGCUCAAUGACGUGUUCGGCAUCCAGGCGAGAGGUGGCUGUGCGUGCGCAGGACCCUACGCUCAGGACCUCAUGGGCAUCGAUGAGGACCUCGCCGCUCAGUACGAAAACAUUCUGCUGGAAGACGAGAAAUUGGAUCGCCACCACCUACGGCGCAAGGAGGAGCACUCCUCGUACGAGCUGCUGCGCCCAGGUUUCACAAGAGUGUCCCUCCCUUACCACAUCAGUGAGGCAGAAGUGCUCUAUGUCAUGGAAGCUAUCAAGAUGGUGGCCACUGAGGGCUGGAAAUUGUUGCCGCAGUACAUCGUCAACCCUGAGACCAGCGAAUGGCGUCAUCAUUCCAACACGGUGUUCCGAGACCGUAAGUGGCUGGGACAGAUCCGAUACGUUGACGGCAAGAUGGCAGUACAUGAACGGAAGGUGUCUGGCGUGGCUUCAUGCCCCUCAGACUAUGGGGAGUGUCUACAAACAGCCCGUAACACUUUUAACAAGGCUAGAAAGAUGGCUCAGAGAUACCCACUGGGUGACCAGUGCGUCAUGUUCAACGAAGAAACCAACAGACUCCGGUGGUUCAUGUUACCGAGUGAGGCACAGGACCUACUACUGGGCAACUGCACCAAUGUCAAGACAUCGCUUCCUUUUACCCCGUCUGACUACGGGGGUAGCCGUGGCGGUGGCGGUCUGUCACCCCCACAUCACAGCCCUCACAGCUUCUCCCGCCACAAGAGCUUGUCCUCACUCGAGAUACAACUUAACAAUAUCAAUAGCCAGGAGGUAAGGGCCCGAGCUGAUAGUUGCAGCAAGGAUCACCCCCGCCUGGUGGGUGCUCGUGAGCGCUGUUACAGUCUGGGCGGGGACACACUGCCCACCCUUCCCCGCAGCCGUCGCGACCGACAGAUCAGCUGCAGUCAGACAGACGGACACCGUGAUAACUCUCUCUCAGGAGUUGCAGAGCAGCCAGUGAGAGUGUCAACUCCUCCUGUCGUGGUCACCACAAACAACCCUCAACACUUGCAGGCAUAUAUGCAAGAAGUAUCCAUGUCUUUGGCAACAGAAAUCAAGUCCGAGAUAAGAGAAGUAAUCAACCGAGUGGAGGAUGUCUUGUCGUCGGAGAGUGCAGAUGAGAGCGGUUGCUGCGAGCGAAGACAGACAAUGUCGGGUCCUCAUGUAGUCAUCAACAGUUCAGCGUUUGACGUGACCGGCAGACAGCAGAGUGUCAGCACACCGGUGUUCGAUGUGUCGAGCAGCCAGCAAUGUGUCACUCCACCAUGCAACGUCAACGCAGGUCAACAGUGUGGCACUCCUCCUGUGCCUGACGUCAUUUUGAAUCAGCAGUGUGGCACUCCUCCCAUGUUUGACGUAUGUCUGGGUGUGCAGUGCUACACCCCUCCUGUGGUUGACGGUGGUGUGGGGCCGCAGAGCACCCCCGUGCCGAUGUUCGAUCUGAGUAGUGGCCAGCAGAGUAUGGUAUUGCCGUGUCUGCAGCCGUUGGGGUUGCCGUCCACCCCACAACGACAACGGGCCUUCUCGUCCCCUAGCUCAUCCUUCUUGCAGAUCAUGGACCCCAACUUGCAGGCUUCUCCCCACAGUUCCAUUUCGGGCCGACCACGUGGCGGAAUGCUUGGCUGGCUCACCGGAGAGAUGGUGUCCGAACUGAAGUCCGAGAUCAGAGAAAUGGUGAACCAGGUGGACGAGUUGAUCUCUCCUAGCAGUGAGAGUUGCCGGACCAACUCGCCCGACGUGGAGACGGAGAAACCUCGCCGCACGGAAAGUGACUCCUCACUCACUGAUGUCGUCGAGAUGGACUGCCUCAAUUCCAUCACAGAGGGCGUUGAGGACUGCCACAAACUGAAGUUCAAAGACACGAGAAGAUCGACUGUUAACAGUAUUAGUUCACAAGAUAGUGGCAUCAACCUGAGUUAUCACGAAAGAGACUCUUCUCCUGCCGACACCAUCUGGAGGCGGAACAGUGAAAUGAAGGACAAGGCAAAGAAAUCUGCUUCAAAAAAGUUUGAACACUGUAAUCUGGCCAACAAGAAAGAACAAGAGAACGGCUUAGCAGAUCAUUUAAAAGAUAAUUUAUCAAAACCCAGAUGGCAUUGUCCACCAAAAAAUAUAUGGAAACCUACCACUGAUGCGCUGAAGGAGUUCGCCAUGAUCCAGGACGGGGACCGAGUACUGGUCUGUCUGUCGGGGGGCAAGGACUCGCUGUCUCUGCUGCACACCCUGCACCAGUACCAGUACUACGCCAACAGCAAAGGUGUGCACUUCACCUUGGGUGCAGCCACUGUAGACCCCGGUAGCUCAGCUUACAACCCUCGCCCACUCAUCCCUUACCUCCACACCCUCGGCGUGCACUACCUCUUCGAGGAGCAGCAAAUCCUAGAGACGGCAUCACAAGUGGAGUGCAAGUCGAUCUGUAGCUUCUGUAGUCGCAUGAAGCGAGGACGGUUGUACGCGGCUGCGCGGCGUGAGGGCUACAACGUGCUGGCACUCGGACAACACCUGGAUGAUCUGGCGGAGAGCUUCCUCAUGUCCACCUUUCACAAUGGUCGCCUACGCUCCAUGAAGGCGCAUUAUUACAUCAAAGAGCGUGACCUGAGAGUGAUCCGGCCGUUUGUAUACGUGCGUGAGCGCUCCCUGCGCCAGUUCGCCGAGAGCAGACAUCUCCCUGUCAUACCAGAAAACUGCCCUGCGUGUUUUGAAGCUCCCAAGGAGAGGUACAGGACCAAACAGCUGUUGGCCCAGCAGGAGAUAUUGUUCCCUCGACUGUUCCUGUCGCUGAAGGCUGCACUGAAGCCUCUCAUCAGUUUCCGCCGGACAGGGGAGGAGAGCAAGGUCUACCAGCGGAACUCUCUCGUCCCCGACUCCGACAGUGAGACUGAGACCGAGGAGGAACCUGUAGUACUUAAGACAGCUGACCCACCCAGCCCUACGCAGAAAUAAUACGUGAAAUGAGGAACUGUGGGAGAAAACUAUGUCGGCAACUGCGUAAACAAUGUCAAUGCGUUGACAAAUUAUUGGGUCCUGAUGAGGUUUAAUCAAGAGUUCUGUCUGUGUAAGUUAUAUUGUGAUUUAGUGUUAAUACAUGUGGAAUAUUUUACGUUAGUUUUGUCACUGUUGGUGAGAAUUUGUCAAUGUAAAAACACAUUUUCCGUUUGCAGGCUUGACAAAUUCUCUGUAAUUUAAUGAAAAAUCAAUAUAUCGCCAUGGAAAAGUAGUAAAGAGAGUUACGAAUAUUGAAGUAAAACAGAGAAAAGUAUUGUUAGAUUUAAAUAUUUAUUUCCACAUUAUGUUGUCUGAGUUAUUUUUAAAAUAGGCUCCAAAAAGAGACUGAAAUGUUCUUUCUUUGAUAAUGUCCAUAUUUUCCUUUAUAUACUAGAUUCAGUAAUUUAUUGUGAGUACCUCGUGUGAACUUUGUUUUUUGACAAUUGAUAUUUUCCAAAACAUGAUUUGCAAUUUGGUUGAAUAUAUAUAUAUUUUGUACAAUGAACAUUAAUUUAGACGUAAUGUUCGAAUAGUUGAAUUCAUAGAACGUACAAGUUACGUGCAAGAACUCUACAUAACAGUUCAGCAAUGUUUCAAUAUCAAAUAUGUUCUGAGCUCAAAAUAUAUUACUAGAACGUGUCUAAGAUAAUAAUAUAAAAAAGUCUAGUCUUCUCUAGUAUUUACUGCCAAAAAGUAGAAAUAACAGAUCAAAAUAAUUUAUAAAAAUUAGUCUAACUAGUUUCCAUACAUGUGAUAAAUAUUUAUCAGAUUUUUAAUGGGAUAUACAAUAUUACUUUGUAGUCACACGUAUCGAUAUAUAAAAAUUAAUUGUUUACUUAGAGUUAUUUUUGCAAGCAAUGUGGCAUGUUUUAGGUGGCCUUGAUAUAUUAAUUUAUUACGUUUAAUAUAGUAAGUAUUGUAGCACGUUGACUGUUUGUUAUUCGCUAUUUUGUAUUCAUUUGUUGUGAUAAAUGUAAACAUUACUGGAGAUAUCGUAUGCGUAUUGUAUUACAUGUGUACAUAUAAUAUUAUGUAGGUUUUUACAGUUUUUGUUGGUACGAUGAGGUUGAUGUAGUCACAUUGGGUUUGCCAGUUAGGUCAGUAAUGUGCGUUGGACUGUCUCACAGACGACACAGUGCAAUAACUGUUAUUGUACGCCAAUUUCUGUUAUCCUAGUGAAUUAAACUUUGUGUUUAUACCAAAAUUAAAUGAAAUUAGUGCGUUUUUUGAUAAUUAAUUACACACUUCUAACAUAAAAAGCUGCAAUUUUAAGAUAUAUAUUUUUAUAUACCACUUCAAAUUAAAUAUUUGUGUCAUAAAUUAUUAUAUAGACCUUCACUCAAAAACUGUGUUUCUGUUCAUCAGAAUUUUAUUGGUUAACUUUUGCAAAAAAUUAUUUCAUAAAACCUUUUUUGGUUGUUAAUUUACUUUGGCCCUAACAAAUAUAAAACUAGAUGUUUUCUGAUUAAAACUUUUAUUAGAGAGCGUUUGUUAUUACGUGGAACAAAGGCAGUGAAUUUGUGAUAAGAUUGUUUAGAUGUAUUGAAAUGUUAGAUUUUGGCAAGUUGUAGUUUUGAGGCGACUUCAGAAGAGAUUGCUUGUAAUGUUAAACUGUAAAAUAAAAUGUUUAAUUUUUA